AUGUCGGUUCCAGGAGUCAUCCACAAAAAAGCUGCUGCAGUAAGCACAGUUAGUACUCAAGAUAUUGGCACUCAAAUGUCCAUACCAGCAUCAAUCCUGAAUGAUGUUCAUGAAGGUCGCCCAAAUGAGCAGGUACAAAGAUAUCAGAUGGAUGCAAUGAAUCACACUCCGGCCUAUGACUACACAGUACAGCGGAAUGAGAUCCUCCAAAGGCACGCCAAUCUCCCCCUGUUGAAUCAUCAGGAGUUUCAAUUCCUAAAUCUGUUAGGGAAAGGAGCAAAAGGAUCUGUUUAUCUAGCUAUGGCUAACAACACUGUCCCAACAGCAGUAAAGGUGUAUCAUUCAGAAUAUUCCACAAAGCUCCAACAAGACAUUUUAAAUGAAUCAGGCAUUUUGUCAAUUCUGCAGGACACUGGUUUUGUGCCGCGGGUUUAUGGAUUACUUCCCGACCAAUCCGACGUAAGAAAACAUAUGCUGGUACAGGAGUUUUAUGGAAACGGCAGGACGCUUUGGUCAAUUCUUAAUGGGAGAGACCCAAAUGUUGUUAUUAACACUGAAAUCAAAAUCAAUAUUGCCUACCAGUUGGUGUUUGCACUCAAGGCCAUCCAUGACAAAGACGUCCUGCUGAAUGAUAUCAAAUCUAACAACGUCCUUGUCGACACCAGCACACCUGACUUCAGAAUAAGAUACAUUGAUUUCGAUCUCGCCACAUUUCGAGGCAGUUAUCAAUAUUCGAUCCAGGCAGGAAAUGCCUUUGCAGCCAUUUUUGGAGGGCAAACAUUUUCCUGGCUUGCCCCAGAAGUGAGAAUGGGUGGUCAGACCACACCUCAGUCAGACAUAUACAGUGUGGGAUAUUUGAUAUCAGAGUUGCAGUGCCCUGAACUGCAGGAAAUGGUUUUUCUAUGUACUCAAGAAAAACCAUAUCCACAGACCUGA